CUCCUAGCGGCUAGUUUUGAAUAAACCGACGUACUGCGUGGUGGUCCGUGUUGCCGUCCGAUCCGCUUCAAAUUAUUUUUUUAGAUUUUACUAUUUUUUUAAUUUUUAUUUUAUUUACACGCGGAAUAGUGCAUGACUACGUAUGAUAAUAUUUUACAUUUCUGUAAUUAUUAAUAUUUAUCCGUCGCGACCUUACUGAUAGUUUUCGUGGUCGCGUGUGCCCUGUGUAAGUGUUGUUUUGAUUGUGCGUGUGUUGCUGUGCUUUUGUCCGUUGUUUUUGAUAGCAGUGUGUGCGAGACGGUUAUCAUGCGCUCCAUUGAAUUCGGAUAAAUCUUAUUCCACUGGUUUGUAUCGAUUUUAAAUAGAAAUCGUUAUUGGGCUUGCCAAUUGCGAUUGCUGCCCUUAUAACCGACGACGUACCAACCAUGAGGAGAAGACAGCCAUGCAGAACUCGGAUGGUGGUCGGUGCGAGCAUUUUGCUAAUAUUUUUGACAUUGGCUUUAGCACCCGACCAAGCAUCAGGAUCAACCGGAAUAGUGUCAUGCUCGCCCAACCCUUGUCUUCAUGGAGGCUCUUGUUACAUGAAAAGAACUGGAGAAUACGCUUGCAAUUGUACUGGAUUGUUCGUGGGCCCGUAUUGCCAGUGGAAAAACCCGUGUCAUACAGGACCCGUGCCUCGGUGCCAGAACGGAGGUACGUGUGCCGUCACGCAACUGUCGCCACACUCUCAGCCUGGAUUCGCGUGCCAGUGUCCACUAGGGUUCACAGCGUCCCUGUGCGAGAUACCCAUUUCUAAUGCCUGUGAUUCGAAACCUUGUCAGAACGGAGGCACGUGUUGGCUACACGAUAUCAAGGAGCAUCGAUGCAACUGCGCUCCCGGAUUCACAGGACCGAAUUGUGAGCUAGAAGAUCACUGCGCGUCGGGUCCGUGUAAAAACGGUGCCGAAUGCAAGUCCCAAGGCGAUUCCUACGAAUGUACGUGCGCCCCCGGGUUCACGGGCCCAACGUGUUCAGAAGACAUCGAGGAAUGUUCGACCACGGUGCCAUGUGUACACGGACAGUGCGUCAACACGCACGGAUCAUACGCGUGUAUGUGCGAGUCGGGUUACACUGGCAAGAACUGCGAGAUGGUGUAUGUACCGUGCGACCCGUCUCCGUGUGUGAACAACGGCCGGUGCAUGCAAAUCGACGAUCUCAAUUACGAGUGCAAGUGCAAGUCCGGGUUCCGUGGAAAGAACUGCGAAGAGAACAUAGACGAUUGUAUACCUCACGCAUGUCUGAACGGAGGUACUUGCGUGGACGGCGUGAACGCUUACACGUGUUCCUGUCCGCCUCAAUGGACUGGCGAAUCGUGUGAAUCUGAUGUGGACGAGUGCGCCAUGCGACCAAGUGUCUGCCAUAACGGAGCCACUUGUACCAACUCUUUGGGUUCAUACAAUUGUAUAUGUGUUAAUGGUUGGACUGGCCAAGACUGUUCUGUGAAUAUUGAUGACUGUGCCGGCGCUGCCUGUUUCAACGGUGCUACCUGCAUCGAUCGAGUGGGAAGUUUCCAUUGCCAAUGCACUCACGGAAAAACAGGUCUGCUGUGUCACUUGGACGAUGCCUGUACAUCGAACCCGUGUCAUGCGGACGCAAUUUGUGAUACCAGCCCCAUCAACGGGUCGUACACUUGUUCGUGUGCGUCUGGCUAUAAAGGAAUCGACUGCUCGGAAGACAUCAACGAAUGCGAACAAGGAUCCCCAUGUGAACACGACGGCGUGUGCGUUAACACACCCGGAUCUUUCGCUUGCAACUGUCCACAAGGAUUUACUGGACCAAGAUGCGAAACAAACGUAAACGAAUGCGAUUCUCAUCCAUGCAAGAACGAAGGGUCUUGCUUAGAUGAUCCUGGCACGUUCCGAUGCGUUUGCAUGCCAGGAUUCGCUGGUACUCAAUGCGAAAUUGACGUAGACGAAUGCGAAACCAACCCAUGCGAAAAUGGUGGCCUAUGCACUGACAUGAUCAAUGGAUAUAAAUGUUCUUGUCCAGCUGGGUUUUCUGGUCCAAGAUGCCAAAUCAACAUUGACGACUGCGUGAGCAACCCAUGUCGUCAUAGUGGUAUAUGCCAUGACUCUAUCGCGGGUUACCAAUGUGAAUGCUCUCCGGGUUUCACUGGUUUUAAUUGCGAACACAAUAUUAAUGACUGCUUGUCAAACCCUUGCAAACAUGGCGAAUGCAUUGAUGGACAGAAUUCAUUUACUUGUUCUUGCCAUCCCGGCUAUACAGGUUUAUUAUGUCAAGAUCAAUUGGACGAAUGUGCUUCUGCACCAUGUCAGCACGGGGGUACUUGCGAGGAUUUGAUUAACGGUUAUCAGUGUCGAUGUCGGGCUGGUACAUCAGGUUCCAAUUGUGAAAUAAACAUAAAUGAAUGCGUUUCUAAUCCGUGUAGAAACGGUGCUAAAUGCAUCGACGGAAUCAACAAAUACUCUUGCGAUUGCCUACCUGGAUUUACUGGUUUACACUGUGAAAUGAAUGUAGAUGAAUGUGCUAGUAGUCCCUGUGCCAAUGGUGGAAGUUGCGUAGAUUUAGUAGCUGGUUGGCGUUGUGAAUGUCCUCGUGGAUAUUAUGGUCCUCGAUGCUUAUCCGACAUAGAUGAAUGCGCUAGUAAUCCAUGUUCUCUAAACGCUUUGCGUUGUGAAGAUGGAUUGAACCAGUUUAUAUGCCACUGUAGACCAGGGUAUACUGGAAAACGUUGUGAAUUCGAUAUUGAUGAGUGUAGCUCAAACCCUUGUCAACAUGGAGGUGUUUGCACAGACCGUGUCAACGGUUAUACAUGCCAAUGUAAACCGGGUUACUCCGGACAUAACUGCGAUAUUAACAUUGAUGAUUGUGCAAUUAAUCCGUGCAAAAAUGGUGGUUCGUGUAUAGAUUUAGUAAAUUCUUACAAAUGUGUAUGUCAACUUCCAUUUAGUGGACCAGAAUGUCAAAGUCGUUUAGACCCUUGCACACCAAAUAGAUGUCGUAAUGGUGCUAAAUGUUCUCCGUCGAGCAAUUAUUUGGACUUUACUUGUGAAUGUUCAAUUGGCUGGAAAGGUCGAUUAUGUAACGAAGAUGUGGAUGAAUGUGCUUUAACAGCUCCAUGUCGAAACGGUGCAACUUGUAUAAAUACUGAUGGAUCUUAUAAGUGUGCAUGUGCGCCUGGUUUCCAAGGUCGGGAUUGUGUUAUUAAUACUGACGAAUGUGCUUCUUCUCCUUGUCAAAAUGGAGCCACUUGUUUAGAUGGUAUUGGUGAUUAUUCAUGUAUGUGUUCGGAUGGUUUUUCGGGUCGACAUUGCGAAGUAGAUAAUGACGAAUGUCUCUCUCAACCAUGUCUGAAUGGAGCAACGUGUAAACAGUAUGUUAAUUCAUACACUUGUACUUGCCCUGUAGGAUUUUCAGGUAUUCACUGUCAAACCAAUGACCAAGACUGUACUGAUUCGUCUUGUAUGAAUGGUGCAACUUGUGUGGAUGGAAUUAAUAAUUAUACAUGUAUAUGUCCACUUGGAUAUAAUGGCCUUAAUUGUCAAACCCGAAUCAACGAAUGUGACUCUUCACCUUGUGAAAACAGUGGUACUUGUUUGGACCAUGGAAAAUAUUAUUCAUGUCACUGUGCUUAUGGGUACACUGGUAAAAACUGUGAAUUGUUGGUAGAUUGGUGUAAUGGUGGUGGUGGAAUACCUGAGCCAUGUGAGAAUGGAGCUACGUGUAAACAAAUGCAAAAUACUUACCAAUGUGUUUGUCAACCUGGUUGGACUGGAAAAGUGUGUGAUGUUGAAAUGGUAUCUUGUAAAGAUGCUGCUUUCAGAAAGGGCGUACGACGUGAUGCUUUAUGUCAUAAUGGUGGAAUAUGUGAAGAUAUUGGUAACAGUCAUCGCUGCCAUUGUGCUGAUGGAUACUCGGGAAGUUAUUGUACAAAAGAAAUAAAUGAAUGUGACUCUGCACCUUGUCAAAAUGGAGCUACUUGUAAAGAUUUAGUGGCUGGAUAUUCUUGUCAAUGUUCUCGUGGUUUCCAGGGGCAAAAUUGUGAAUUAAAUGUUGAUGACUGUCAUCCAAAUCCUUGUCAAAAUGGAGGAACGUGUAGAGAUCUUAUAAAUGGAUUUAGUUGCUCUUGUCCUCCUGGAACUUUGGGUAUUAUUUGUGAUAUUAAUAUUGAUGAUUGUACACCAGACGCUUGUCAUAAUAAUGGAACUUGCGUUGAUAAAGUGGGAGGCUUUGACUGUCAUUGCCCAGCAGGUUUUGUGGGUCAUCGAUGUGAAGGAGAUAUAAAUGAAUGUUUAUCUAAUCCAUGUGAUCCAUUUGGAACAUUAGACUGCGUGCAACUUGUGAAUAAUUACCAUUGUAAUUGCCGAGGAGGUUAUAUGGGAAGGCACUGUGAAACAAAAGUUAAUUUCUGUGAAAGCAGUCCUUGUCAAAAUGGUGGUGUUUGUACCCAAGUAGAAGGUGGGCACACAUGUGCUUGUCCAAAAGAAUUUUCUGGUAGAAACUGCGAGUUCUUUGGUGUUGACUGUGAUUCUAGUCCUUGUCAAGGUGAUGGAAUAUGUCAUUCAUUAGAGCAUGGAGGAUAUCGUUGUGAAUGUCCUUUAGGAACAACAGGAACUCAUUGUGAAAUUGACAGUUACAAUGAAUGUGAUAGCAAUCCAUGUGAACAUGAUGGUACAUGUCAGAAUAAACUUGGUGAUUAUGCAUGCUUCUGUCCACAAUAUUGGUCUGGAAAGAACUGCAAUAUGUACGAUUCAAAAUUUAAAGGUGGACUUGGAAAAUUUUCUACAAAAGGCAUUACGCUGAAGAAAGAUUAUGAUUGGGAACGCGAAUUAACAAGUUGCGUGACAAAUGGAUGUCAGGCAAAAUCUCAGGACAAUAAAUGCCAUCCAGAGUGUAAUACUGCUGCAUGUGAUUUUGAUGGAGGUGACUGUUCUCUUGGUUUAAAUCCAUGGAGGAAUUGUACAGCAACAAAGAAAUGUUGGCAAGUAUUUGCUGAUGGACGAUGUGAUGUUGAAUGUAAUACAAUGGAAUGUUUGUAUGAUGGUAGAGACUGUGAAAAAACUAUUUUACCUUGCAACCCAAUUUAUGAUGCAUACUGUCAAAGUCAUUAUGCUGAUGGUCAUUGUGAUUAUGGUUGUAACAAUGCAGAAUGUAAUUGGGAUGGUUUAGACUGUGAAAGAGAACCACCCAAAAUUGCUGAAGGUGCAAUGCGAUUAGUUUUGAGGAUGGACUACCAUCAAUUGACCUCUAAUAUUACUUCGUUUUUGAGAGAUAUUGGCCGUGAAAUACGAGCAACUGUACGUGUAAAACAAGAUAGUUUGACAGGUAAACAAAUGAUUUUCCCAGCGGAAAGUCCUCCUGGAGCUGUUGUUAUAUAUUUAGAAAUUGAUAACAGAAAAUGUGAAAUUACCAGAGAUAUUGAAUGUUUUUCAAGUGCUACAGGGGCUGCAGAAUUUUUAGCAGCAUCAGCAGUUAGCCAUGCUUUGUCGACAUCUUUCCCUAUUUAUAGAGCCGAAGGUGUUAACCCUGGCAGUCAAAUACCUACUGAACAGCCAAGAAGUAGCACAGCUCUUGUUUUAACUGGAAUGUUCUUAAUAUUAGUAGUUGGACUUAGUCUGGGUGUAUUAAUUUCAACUCAUCGUAAAAAAGCAGCUGGAAUAACAUGGUUCCCUGAAGGAUUUUUACGAACUGGAAGUAACAGUAGCAGAACUAGUACACAGAGACGUGUUCCUGAUGGCCAAGAACUUAGAACUAUGAAACAGAAUAACGUAACUCUUAGUUGUAUGGAUAUGAGUAAUGGGGGAAUGACAAUAGGUCGUGGAGCUGGGGCUUGGUCUGAUGAAGAUGCUGAAGGUGAUAUGCCACCUGCAAAACGACAUAGACCUGCUCCUAUUAUAUCAUCACAGCCUCUAGAUAAUCCGUAUGACGAUGUUUGGAGCCACUGUAACUUAAAUUCAAAUGAUAACAAAGCGACUGUUAUGUAUACUCCUCCAUCAAGGGAAACUGAAGUUAAUGAAAGACUCCCUGGUGGUUUAACCAGAUUAAUGGAUGUGACAGUUGCGGGAUGUGCUGGAUUGGAUACAAGCAUUGAUAAUGAAGAUGAAGAUGGACAAGAUGCAACUACUAAUAUGAUAUCUGAAUUAGUUUCUCAAGGCGCUGAGUUAAAUGCAACUCUUGAAAAAACUGGAGAGACUUCACUUCAUUUGGCUGCAAGGUAUGCUCGUGCAGAUGCUGCUAAACGUUUGUUGGAUAUGGGAGCUGAUGUUAAUUUCCAAGACAAAACAGGUCGAACCCCACUACAUGCAGCUGUAGCUGCUGAUGCUAUGGGUGCUUUCCAAAUAUUGCUAAGAAAUCGUUCAACCAACCUUAAUGCUAGAAUGCAUGAUGGAACUACUCCUUUGAUAUUAGCAGCUAGACUGGCUAUUGAAGGAAUGGUUGAGGACUUAAUACAUGCUGAUGCUGACAUAAACAUUCCAGAUAAUAGUGGAAAGACAGCUUUACAUUGGGCUGCAUCUGUAAAUAAUGUUGAUGCUGUAAAUAUACUGUUAGCCAAUAAUGCUAAUAAAGAUGCUCAAGAUGAUAAGGAUGAAACACCAUUAUUCCUGGCUGCACGAGAAGGAAGCUAUGAAGCAUGUAAGGCAUUACUGGAUAAUUUUGCUAAUCGUGAGAUUGCUGAUCAUAUGGAACGACUUCCGAGAGAUGUUGCUAGUGAACGAUUACAUCAUGAUAUUAUUCGACUUUUGGAUUCGCAUAUAGCACAUCCCAAUUCUCAAACAAUGGUUCCUGUUAAUAAUAAUUUCAUGAAUUCUCAACAUAUAUUGUCUCAUUCUAAUAUUAAUAUUCCGGGUAUCAAAUUAAGCAAUAAUGGUACAACUAAGGGCAAAAAGAGACCAAAACCUUCUAAUCCUACGAGCCCUGCUGACUCGAUGGAUUCAAGUAUAUCCAUUAAACGCAAAGGUAGUGUUAAAAAACAACCUCCACCUCCACCACCACCUUUGUCGUCUACUGCUGCUGCACCAAGCAAUAAGAAACCAUUUGGUUUAGAUGUUUAUGGUGGAACAAACAAUAUUGACUUAAUGGCAUUAGAUGUAUCAAGACUGUAUGGAAAUGGUCUUUCAUCUCAACCUCCAGCUUAUGAGGAAUGUUUAUCUCAACCACAGAGAAUGUCUAAUUAUGGUGUAGCUAUGCAACAACAGCAACAACAACAACCAGACUACAGAGCUAUUCAUCAACAGUUACUUGGCAUGCAAACCUUUCAAGAGCCUUCACCACCUCAUAGUGUUGUUAUGUCUCCUUCGCCAGGUAAAACUAGGCCAUCUUUGCCUACAUCACCUACUCAUAUGCAAGCCUUAAGGCAUGCCACAAUGCAAGCAGUUGAUCCAUUCAGUCAAUUCCACCACUAUUAUGGAACACAACAGUCAUCACUACAGCCUUCUGCACCACAACAUCCUCAACAGUAUCUAACACCACCUUCAGAUGUAGCACCUGAGAGUUACCCAACCCCAUCACCUGAUUCCCCAUGGCAUUGGUCAUCAUCGUCCCCUAAUUCCAAUUCAGAUUGGUCGGAAGGUAUUUCAUCACCACCCAAUAAUAAUAACAACAACAGUCAUCCAAACAAAGUUUCAGAUGCUGUUUAUAUUUAAUUCUUGUUAUUACCAAAUAUAUACAUUUUGUCUUUCCACUUAAUUCAUGAUGACACAUAUAAUUAUUAUACUAAUAGGUAUACUUUAUUACCACACAAAAGGCUAAGAAAUAAAUUUGUGCCAUCAAGUAGUAGAAUGUUUUGGGAUAUUUAAUAAGACUAAAAUUCUUAUAAAGUUAGAUAGUGGUAUUUCAAUCAUUAUUUUUAUUAAAUAUCGAAAUAUAGUUAUAUUAUUUUAGCUCUGCUAUAUUGAAAUGCAAAUUGUUUACCACUUUCUGUUUUUUAUAAGUUAAUAUAAAUUUUUAAAAUUUAAUUUUUAUUAUUUAUGUGAAAUCCUGAUGUUUUACAAUUUCAAAUUUAAAAACAUAAUUUAUGUUAUGUUGAUGGAUUAUCCUUUUUCUUGGUUCAUUCUUAAGUUGUUUAAAGUACAGAUUUUAUUUACAAACAUAUAUUUAUAUUAUAUAUUAAUGUACAUGAUUAUUAUUGUAUAUGAAUACCAUUUUCCACAAAAAACCCCUUUUUUGCCGUGUUAAUUACGGUGUCUACCAAUCUUUACUAUUUGUAUUAUUUUAUUAUUAUUUAUUAUUAUUUUUAUUAUUAUUAUUAUUAUUACUUUUUUUUGUUCUUUUAAAUUUGUCUCGUUGUCUUGUCGAGAAAAUGACUAUAUCGAACAAUCAUAUAAUUAUAUACUAGACUUAUUCGGUGGUUAAGCAAAACAACAAGACUGCUAAUAUUGUAAAUUUGUUUGUAUAAAUCAUUUUUUAACUAAGGGAUUGUUCGUUCACGAUCUCAACACAUGACAUUUAGUUAUAAAUAUUGUUAUUGAAAUAUUAUUGUAAAUUAUUAUUUUCUAUUUUUAAUUUUAUAUAUUGUACAAAUAGUAAUAAUAAAAUUUCAUCAUAAAUUUGUAGCAUAAUUUGUAAUUCACUUUAAAUUUGUAAGAUAUAUAUAUAAUUAUUGAAUUUUAUUAAAAAUUAUUUUGUAAACAGUAGAAAAUGUUUAUGGAUCUAACUUUUGUUCUGUGAUUCAAAUUUAGUGUAAAUUUAUCAUUGUCUGUACAUUAAAAGGCAAAACAUUGUCAUAUAAUUGGUUUAUAUAUU